UCACCAUGUUGUACCUUGUGGGACUCGGCCUUGCCGACGAGACUGACAUCACCGUCCGCGGCCUGGAGGUGGUCAAGAAGGCCGAACGGGUCUACCUUGAAGCAUACACCGCGAUUCUCCUCGUGGACAAGGAGAAACUAGAAGCUUUCUAUGGACGUCCUGUUAUCGAGGCAGACCGUGAGAAGGUCGAGAGCGGCAGCGAUGAGAUUCUCGCCGACGCCGACAAGGUGGAUGUUGCCUUUCUGGUCGUUGGUGACCCAUUCGGCGCCACAACACACACCGAUCUAGUCCUCCGCGCCCGCGAAUUGGGUAUCGAAUCCAAGGUCAUCCCCAACGCCUCCAUCAUGUCCGGCAUCGGCUGCACGGGUCUGCAGUUGUACAACUUUGGCCAGACGGUUAGCAUGGUGUUCUUCACGGAGAACUGGAAGCCCUCGUCUUAUUACGACCGGGUCAAGGAGAACGUUCAGCUGGGUCUGCACACGCUGGUGCUGUUGGAUAUUAAAGUCAAAGAGCCGUCGUACGAGAACAUGGCUCGGGGACGGUUGGUCUACGAGCCUCCCCGUUUCAUGACUGUCGCGCAGUGUGCGAGUCAGAUGCUGGAGACUGAGGAGGAGCGCCAGGAGGGGGUUUGGGGACCGGACAGUCUGGCCGUCGGCGCGGCCCGUGUGGGAGCGGCGGACCAGAAGCUGGUGGCGGGUACCCUGAAGGAGCUGGCGGAGGUGGACAUGGGACGGCCUCUGCACAGUCUGGUGCUGAUUGGCAAGAGAGCGCACGACCUGGAGAAGGACUACAUCCAGCAAUUUGCCGUGGACCGGGCCACCUUUGAUGCCAACUGGCAGAAGGGCGGAUACGGGAGCAUGUAAGCUGUUGCGAGGAAACGACCAACGAGAUAGAAUUCAUACGCCAAAUGACAUGCUAAUGAACCAUGCAACCGAACACCAAGCCUUGCCAUAGCCAAUACGCUGUAAAUUCCCUCAUGCCGUCCUCCUCGCAAACAACCUCGUCAAGCGUUCCGGCAGUCGCAUCGUAGCAGAAGAAGGCGUCUCGGGCGGCGUCUGCGUCCUAUCACUCGCAUAAUCCGCAUCCCGAUCCCGAUCGCCAUCCUCAUAAUAAUACUCCC